ACUAUUGAUGCAAGCCAGUCUAUGCCACUCACAAAAGAAAUGCUACUGAAAGACUUUCAUGAUGUUUUCCAUGACCCGAUCGAGUCAGUCCCAGGUAAUAUUCAUUUCGAUCUGAACCCUGAAGUGACACCAGUCCAGUGCUCACCACGAAAUGUCCCUGUAGCGCUAAAAGCCCGGGUUAAGGAAGAGCUGGACAAACAUGUGAAAGCAGGCAACCUUACGCCAGUGACAGAGCCAACAGUGUGGAUAAGCAACAUGGUGACAGUAGCUAAACCAGACAAGAUAAGAAUCUGCAUUGACCCAAAGCCUCUCAAUCAGGCACUUCUCAGGUCCCAUUACCACAUGCCAACGCUAGAAGACGUCUUGUACAAACUGCCCAAGGCUCGUGUCUUCACACUGGUUGAUGCUCGUGACGCCUUUCUCCAGUGCAAGCUUGAUGAGGAAAGCAGCCGCUUGACGACAUUCUGUACCCCAUGGGGUCGGAUGAGAUGGCUCAAACUCCCGUUUGGAGUGUCAGUGGCGCCAGAGAUCUAUCAGCGCAAGCAACAUGAGCUGCUAUCAGGCCUGGCUGGCAUCGAGCCUAUUGCGGAUGACAUCCUGGUGGUCGGGUGUGGCGAUACGGACGCAGAGGCUGAAGAGGACCACAACACCAACUUAAGAGCUCUCAUGCAACGGUGCAGGGCUGUGAAGCUCAGAUUGAGUGAACGCAAGCUGCAGUUCAAGCUCAAAGCUGUACAUUUCCACGGCCAUGUACUGUCUACAGAAGGACUGAAAAUCGACCCAGAGAAAACUCAAGCAGUGUUGGACAUGCCGACGCCCACGGAUGCUAAGGCAGUGCAACGCAUGAUCGGGUUUGUGACAUAUCUGGCUAAGUUCCUGCCAGGGCUAUCGGAGAUCUGUGAGCCUCUUCGCAGACUCCUGGAUAAGGACACAGCAUGGCACUGGCUGCCAAAACACGAUGAUGCAAUACGCGAGAUAAAGCGGAUGGUCACCAACACGCCGGUUCUCAAAUAUUAUGACGUCACAAAGCCUGUAACGAUCCAGAGUUCCGACACCCCCUAUGUACGACAGGCGGUGUGUUCCAUGGACAGCUUUCAGGUGGAGGACUCAGAGCUGGAUCAGGCACAGCAUCUGGAUGUUACUGACUUCAGGUUUCGCCAAAUUACCCAGCACACAGAGAUGGACGAUGUAUUACAAGCUUUGACAUCAGUAAUCCUCAGGGGAUGGCCUGAUUUCAAAGAGGACACCCCCCUCUUGGUGCGAGAAUACUGGCCCUUCAGGGAUGAGCUCAACGUGCAAAACAGUGUGCUAUACAGAGGGCAGUGCGUUGUUAUCCCUAAGGCCUUGAGGGCAGAGUUGUUAAGACGCAUACACACCAGCCACAUCGGGGGGGAGGCAUGUUACAGGCGCGCCAGGGAUACGCUGUUCUGGCCAAACAUGAGAACAGAGAUAAAAGACUAUGUGUCGAACUGCUCUGCAUGCAAUGAAUAUGCACGAGCCCAGCAGAAGGAAUCAUUGAUGUCGCAUGAUAUCCCAACACGUCCAUGGCAAACAGUGAGUAUGGAUAUCUUCUCUUACGCUGGCCAAGAUUUCAUCGUCCUAGUGGACCACUAUUCAGACUUCUGGGAGAAUGAUCUUCUGCCGGAUCUAUCAGCUGACACUCUCAUCACACGCUGUAAAUCUCAAUUUGCACGCUACGGACAGCCAGACAAAGUGCUCACAGAUAAUGGCCCACAGUUUGCCUGUGAACAGUUCAGGAAGUUUGCUGCAAAGUGGGGAUUUAACCAUGUCACAUCCUCACCCAGAUAUCCAAAAUCAAACGGCAAAGCUGAGUCAGCUGUCAAGAUAGUGAAAUCACUCUGCAAGCGGGCAAAGUUGGAUGGCACGGAUAAAUGGCAGGCCAUUCUCCAUUGGCGCAACACGCCCACAGAGGGGUUGGACAGCAGUCCAGCCCAACGCUUAAUGUCACGAAGGCUGAAGACUUAGCUGCCGGUUGCGGACAGCUUGCUGCAACCGUGGUUAGUGACGGGAGUGACGGAGAAGCUGCGGUUGAAACGGCGGCUUGCAAAAUCCGCCUACGACAUAUCGGCAAGGGACUUACCAGAACUGAAUGUUGGGGAACACAUAAGGAUGAGGCCUCUUCCAGGAGAUCGCACAGGCCGUUGGCAACUGGGUCAAUGCCUCCAGAAAGUCGCUCCUCGCUCAUUCGUAGUGGAGGUGGACGGCACGCUCUACAGGAGAAACCGGGUGGAUCUGCGGGUUGGGGAGCGCUCAGCCCGGAUGCGACAGCUGGUAGGGCCGGAGCGGAGCAGCCACACGGACCGGGGCCAUGUCAACGCAGAGAGGGCUGCAGGUGGAGCUCGAACCGACCCGGUCCAGGAUGACACAGGUUUGGGGGAGCCUCCUCACUCUCCAGGGGUCCCGGCGCAAGGGCGGGGUUUGACACCAGGGAAGCCAGUGAGUACAGAGAGCCAAGCUGUAUACUCGCGGUGUGGUCGCCU